CGGCGGCCGGCCGGUCCGGCCGGACCCCGUCUCGCGCAGUGUGCUGACGGAGGCUGGCGCCUACUGCGCCGCCAUGAUACGCUGCAGUGGUCUCCUGGGCGUGUGUUUGAGGCGGUCCCAGCCGCCUCCCGCCGCCCGCUCCGUCUCUAUCGGCGUCAUCGGAGCCGCCUUCGACAAGGGUCAGACCCGCUGCGGCGCCUCGCUGGGCCCGGCAGCCAUUCGAGACACGGGGGUGCUGGAUGAGAUCCGCGCCCUCGGUCACAGCGUGCGUGACCUGGGCGACCUGUCUCUGCCCGGCGUGGACUCGGAGUACACCGCCGCCGACGACCGGGCCAAGAUGAGGAACGUCACCAGCGUGGGACGCUUCAACCAGCAGCUGUCGGAUCACGUGUCGUCCGCGCUGGCGAAGCAUGACGUGGUGGUGACCUUGGGUGGAGACCACAGCAUCGCCAUGGGCACCGUGCACGGCCACGGCCGAACCGUGCGCCACGACAAGCUGGCUGUCCUCUGGGUGGACGCGCACGCGGACAUCAACACACCGCUGACGUCCGGUUCUGGCAACUUCCACGGCAAACCGGUGUCAUUUCUGCUGCGCGGAAUGGAGGCGUUUCACCUAGACCUGCCCGACCUGCGCUGGUGUCGGCCCGUCCUGCUGCCCAGUAAGCUGGUCUACAUCGGCCUGCGCGACGUUGACCCUAUGGAGCGGGUGGCCAUCCAGGAGCUGGGAGUGCGUGCUUACGCUAUGCGCGAGCUGGACCGGCUCGGAGUCGAUAAGGUGGUGGAGAUGGCCCUGGAUCAGCUUGGCGUAGGCGUGGGGGCAGACUCUUCGCUUCACGUCAGCUUCGAUAUCGACGCGCUGGAUCCGUCGGAAGCACCUUCCACGGGCACACCAGUGCGCGGCGGCCUCAGCCUUCGUGAGGGCCAGAUGGUGAUGGAGGAAGUGUGCAAGUGGGGCACACUACGCUCCAUGGACCUGGUGGAGGUGAACCCGCAACUGGGCAGCAGCCAGCAGGCUCUGUACACGGCCGACGCCGCCCGUCACUUGCUACUCUCCACCUUCGGACGCUACCGCGGCGGCAACGCUCCCGAGGGCUCGCAACUGCCGCGGCCGGAGAUCCUGCCAGACCCUCGACCCAACCGUUAAACCGACCCCCCCCCCCCCCCCCCCGUCCGUCCGUCCCACGCACGAUCUGGUCACUGUAACGGCGCAUCGCCCGAACCGGUGCUCACAUACUCAUCGCAGUCCGGUCAACUAAUACACUGAAAUGAAUAUCCCUGGACAUUGUUAAUACAUAGGUCUGGGUAUGUCA